AUGUUGCAGGGACGGAGCCGCGACGACUACACGGUGGCGUGGAUCUGUCCGCUGGAGGUGGAGCAGAUCGCAGCGAUAGAGAUGCUGGACGAGGAGCAUACUAUAUUACCCAAGUCCUCAGCAGACCAUAACGUGUACAGCCUCGGGAGCAUCAACAGCCACAACAUCGUUAUCGCAGGUCUGCACCAGCCUAGGAACUGCCCCGCAGCUACAGUUAUGGCGCAGAUGAGGAUGACAUUUCCCAACUUGCAAUUCGGUCUCUUGGUCGGCAUUAGCGGUGGAGUUCCCGUUCAGACAGAUAAUAGGAUGAUACGACUAGGUCAUGUGGUUGUGAGCAAGCCUGCGGGUGGACACUCCGGCGCUCUGCAGUACGAUCAUAGAAAAGCGAGAGACGGUCACUUCGAGCGGACAGAUGCCCUGGCACCAGCAGCAGCAGUUCUUCUCAAUACUGCGCAGGCGCUAGCAGUGCAGCGGGCAAGGCUGGAUGUCGAUCCGGUACAGCACGACGUCCGUCGAAUCGACACAACGCGUCGUAGGCUUCGACGGUACCAGUAUCCCGGCGAGCAAAACGAUCAUCUUUUCCCACCACAUUACAAGCACCAUCGUCAAGGAUCAUGCAACACCAAGUGCAACCUAUCGAAGCGUAUACCUCGAACGAGCGAUAAUGACGACACGUUUGUUGUUAUGCACAGAGGCAAUAUCGCAUCUGGAGAGAUGGUGGUGAAGGAUGCGUUGCUGAGGGACAUACUAACUCAGCAGGAUGGGCUUUUAUGCUUUGAGAUGGAGGCUGCUGGGGCAAUUACCGACUUUCCUUGCCUUGUUGUGCGCAGCAUCUCAGACUACUGCGACUCGCAUAAGAACGACAUGUGGCACAGGUACGCGGCAGCUGUGGCAGCAGCGUAUGCCUGA